UAAAUUAUACGAUCUUAAAACAAGCUUAAUAGUUUAUAUUUUAAACAAAAGAUAAAUAAAUAAAUAACUUUGCUAGAAAAAAAGAAAAUGAAAAUAUAAUAAACUAUUAUAUUGAUUUCUAUACUCGCCUUGUUAGGCUUAACAACUGUUAUUACAUUACAAAAGUCUAGUUAAAAUUCUUUGUAAGAUUAUUAUGUUCCUUGCUUAGAAAAAGUAAUUAAUGGUGAUAAAAUUUAUGCUAAAAAUAUCUGCAGUGAAUCUAAAUAUUUUACUGUUGUUAUCUAUUCCACAUACGGAUUCAGUAGAGGCUACACUCCAUGUUUAAGCUAGAAUGAAAUGGAACUUGUUGCCCUUACUGAUUAAACAUGGAGUAUUCCUUAGUAGUUUGAUUGCUGA